GGGGUUCACAGGCUCAGCCCAGAGGUGCCUGUGAGAUCACAGCACUUCUUCCUGUGCCGGUCUGAAGGUGUUGGACAUUGGGCAGCUCGUGUCUGGGGUGGCAGGUGCUUGUCCGUGGUCGGUGCUGCUCUGGGCUUGCUCGGUGGCAUUAGUGCUUCUCAGAGCAGCUUCCUGCCUUCUCUUGCCAGUGGCCUGCAACAGCCUGAGGUACUGGAUUGCACUGUGACCUUCCUUUUCCAGAUUCAGGAGCCAAGAGCCCUGGGAGAGAGGUCUCACCGCUGACCUUGUAGAUGUUCCUGGAGGGACUCAGCAGUGAGGAACGGCCGCUGCCCUGUAGAAGCCAUGGGUGUCCGUAGGCGCCGCUGGGGCUGUGCCCGGCUCCCGGGCUCCGUCUAAGCCGAGGACCUGCUUCCAGCUCUGCCUCCCUGCCCGCUGGUCAUGGCCAUACAGGACAGCUGCCCACUUGUCUGGGGACGCAGGGCGCCCAGCCCCGGCUCUGAGAGCUUAGGCCAGGCCCCCUGGCUCCGUCUCCCAGGGCUGCAGGCCCCAGGUCCCCUUCAGAGCCACUGAGGCCAUGGGACACGGCCCUGCCUGGCACUGCCGCCUCUGAGACCCAAGCACUGGGUCCCUCGGGGCUGCCACCCCUGCGACCCCUCCCUGUGCCCUGCCAUUGAACGGCUCUGCCCAGCCCCACCAUGUGUGAGGUGAUGCCCACAAUCAACGAGGGGGACCCUCUGGGCCCCCCUCACAGCGCCGACGCCGAUGCCAACUUCGAGCAGCUGAUGGUGAACAUGCUAGAUGAGCGGGAGAAGCUUCUAGAGUCCCUCCGCGAGAGCCAGGAGACGCUGGCGGCCACACAGAGCCGGCUCCAGGACGCCCUUCACGAGCGGGACCAGCUCCAGCGCCACCUCAACUCUGCCCUCCCGCAGGAAUUUACAACCUUAACCCGGGAGCUGAGCCUGUGUCGAGAGCAGCUUUUGGAGCGAGAGGAGGAGAUAUCAGAGCUGAAAGCGGAGCGGAACAACACACGACUGCUUCUGGAGCAUCUCGAGUGCCUGGUGUCCCGCCACGAGCGGUCCCUGCGGAUGACGGUGGUGAAGCGCCAGGCCCAGUCCCCCUCUGGCGUGUCCAGUGAGGUGGAGGUGCUGAAGGCCCUCAAGUCACUGUUCGAGCACCACAAGGCCCUGGAUGAGAAGGUGCGAGAGCGGCUCCGUGCGGCGCUGGAGCGAGUGACCACCCUGGAGGAGCAGCUGGCUGGGGCCCACCAGCAGGUCUCUGCCCUGCAGCAGGGGGCAGGCCUUCGAGAUGGACUGGAAGAAGAAGGGCCUGCGGAGCUGGGCCCCAAGCGCCCGUGGAAGGACUCGGGCCGGGUGGAGGAGUUGCAGGAGCUCCUGGAGAAGCAGAACUUUGAGCUGAGCCAGACGCGAGAGCGGCUGGUCACCCUGACGGCCACUGUGACUGAGCUGGAAGAGGACCUAGGCACGGCCCGCCGAGACCUCAUCAAGUCGGAAGAACUGAGCAACAAGCACCAGCGGGACCUCCGGGAGGCUCUGGCCCAGAAGGAGGACAUGGAGGAGCGGAUCACCACGCUGGAGAAACGCUACCUGGCCGCCCAGCGGGAGGCCACGUCCAUCCAUGACCUCAAUGACAAGCUGGAGAAUGAGCUGGCCAAUAAGGAGUCUCUGCACCGCCAGUGUGAGGAGAAGGCCCGGCACCUGCAGGAGCUGCUGGAGGUGGCAGAGCAGAAGCUGCAGCAGACCAUGCGCAAGGCAGAGACGCUGCCCGAGGUGGAGGCUGAGCUGGCCCAGAGAAUCGCAGCCCUCACCAAGGCUGAGGAGCGGCAUGGCAACAUCGAGGAGCACCUGCGGCAGCUGGAGGGGCAACUGGAGGAGAAGAACCAGGAGCUGGCUAGGGUGCGCCAGCGGGAGAAGAUGAAUGAGGACCACAACAAGCGGCUGUCGGACACGGUGGACCGGCUGCUUAGCGAGUCCAAUGAGCGCUUGCAGCUUCAUCUUAAGGAGCGCAUGGCGGCCCUGGAGGAGAAGAACACGCUGAUCCAGGAGCUGGAGAGCUCCCAGCGGCAGAUUGAAGAACAGCACCACCACAAGGGCCGCCUGUCUGAAGAGAUUGAGAAGCUGCGCCAGGAGGUGGACCAGCUGAAGGGUCGAGGGGGGUCGUUUGUGGACAGCCUCCAUUCCAGGUCACACAUGGGCAGCACAGGGGAUGUGCGCUUCUCCCUGGGUACAGCCACCCACGUACCCUCAGGCCCGCAUCGCCGAUACUCAGCACUGCGGGAAGAGUCCGCCAAGGACUGGGAGUCCUCUGCUCUGCCUGGGGUGCUGGCCCCCACAGCCACCCCUGCCUUUGACAGUGACCCUGAGAUCUCUGAUGUGGAUGAGGAUGAACCAGGGGGCCUGGUGAGCUCCAUGGAUGUGGUAUCCCCCAGUGGCCAUUCGGAUGCCCAGACUCUGGCCAUGAUGCUGCAGGAACAGCUGGAUGCCAUCAACGAGGAGAUCAGAAUGAUCCAGGAAGAGAAGGAGUCUACGGAGCUGCGUGCAGAGGAGAUUGAGACGCGCGUCACCAGCGGCAGCAUGGAGGCUCUCAACCUGAGCCAGCGUCGCAAGCGCGGCUCUAUCCCCACCUCUCUGACUGCCCUGUCCCUGGCCAGUGCGUCACCUCCACUCAGUGGCCGCUCCACGCCUAAGCUCACCUCCCGUAGUGCUGCACAGGACCUGGACCGUAUGGGGGUCAUGACCCUGCCCAGUGACUUAAGAAAGCAUAGGAGGAAGCUGCUGUCGCCAGUGUCUCGGGAAGAGAACCGAGAGGAUAAAGCCACCAUAAAAUGUGAGACUUCUCCUCCUUCCUCACCCAGGACGCUGCGGCUAGAGAAGCUUGGCCACCCAGCCCUGAGCCAGGAGGAAGGCAAGAGUGCCUCGGAGGAGCAGGGCAGCAACCCCAGCAGCAGCAACAGCAGCCAGGACUCCUUGCACAAGGGCGUCAAGCGCAAGGGCAUCAAGUCAUCCAUCGGCCGCCUAUUUGGGAAGAAGGAGAAGGGCAGGCUGAUCCAGCUGAGCCAGGACGCCGCCACGGGCCACGUUCUGCUUACAGACUCUGAGCUCAGUCUGCAAGAGCCCUUGGUGCCUGCCAAGCUGGGGACCCAGGCAGAGAAGGAUCGGCGGCUGAAGAAAAAGCACCAGCUGCUUGAAGAUGCCCGCAGGAAGGGGAUGCCCUUUGCCCAGUGGGAUGGCCCCACAGUGGUCUCCUGGCUGGAGCUCUGGGUGGGGAUGCCAGCCUGGUACGUGGCUGCCUGCAGGGCCAAUGUCAAGAGCGGGGCCAUCAUGUCAGCCCUGUCAGACACGGAGAUCCAGCGCGAGAUUGGCAUCAGCAAUGCCCUGCAUCGGCUCAAGCUGCGGCUGGCCAUCCAGGAGAUGGUGUCAUUGACCAGCCCCUCUGCGCCCCCCACCUCCAGGACUUCUUCCGGGAACGUCUGGGUCACCCAUGAAGAGAUGGAAACGCUGGCAACAUCCAGUAAAACAGACAGUGAGGAGGGCAGCUGGGCUCAGACCCUGGCCUAUGGGGACAUGAACCAUGAGUGGAUUGGCAACGAGUGGCUGCCCAGCCUGGGGCUCCCGCAGUACCGCAGCUACUUCAUGGAGUGCCUGGUGGAUGCGCGCAUGCUCGACCACCUGACCAAGAAGGACCUGCGCGUGCACCUCAAGAUGGUGGACAGCUUCCACCGAACCAGUCUGCAGUACGGCAUCAUGUGUCUGAAGAAGCUGAAUUAUGAUCGUAAGGAGCUGGAGAAGAGGCGAGAGGAAAGCCAGCAUGAGAUUAAGGACGUGCUGGUCUGGACCAACGACCAGGUGGUUCACUGGGUCCAGUCUAUUGGGCUUCGGGACUACGCAGGGAACCUGCGCGAGAGUGGUGUGCACGGGGCCCUGCUGGCGCUGGAUGACAACUUCGCCCACCACACACUCGCCCUGGUGCUCCAGAUCCCCACGCAGAACACCCAGGCCCGACAGGUGAUGGAGAGAGAAUUCAACAACCUGCUGGCCUUGGGCACAGACCGGAAGCUGGACGACGGGGAGGACAAGGUGUUUCGCCGCGCGCCCUCGUGGAGGAAGCGCUUCAGGCCGCGGGAUCCUCACGGCAGCGGCCUGCUCAGCACCUCGGCCGAGACGCUCCCCGCCGGCUUCCGCGUGGCGGCGCUGGGGCCACUGCAGCCCGCGCCGGGCCCGCCCAAGAAGAUCACCCCGGAAGCCGGGCCGGCGGGGGCGCACAGACUGGAGACCUCCACGGUUCGGACCUACUCCUGCUGAGCCCUCCCGCCCCGGGUCUGACGGGGUGUGCCCGUGGCUCGGGCGCACUCCCACUAUCUCUACGGACACAUGCUCGCCGCCUUCCGGGACUAGCCAGUCGCCCGGUCCACAGCCUCAGCCGGCCCUGACCCUCCUGCUCGACCCCUCCUCCCGCGGCGCCCCGACUUUCCAGUAUCCUGGAUCUUAGCAUUUACUCAUCCUGCCUCUCCCGGGACCCUCUUGGCCCUCAACCCUCCCCUCCCCGCCUGGGAGGCACCCAGGCUGCCCAUGCUCAUGUUCAGAGGGAGGGAGAGUCUGGAAGCCCAGGCUGGUGUGUGCCUGCCUUCCUUCUGUCCUCCCUUUCUCCCUCCUGGGACCUAGACUGUUCUGGCCCGGGGGGCCACCCGCUGCCAGGGUCCUGUGCCCAGGGCUGGAGGUGACCCUUCUAGGAAAGAGCACUCAGACUGCCAGGCCUGGGCUGUCUGGCCCUUUGGUCCUGAGCCACCUCCCUGGGAUGCAGAUGUUCUGACAUUUGGCUCAGGCAUCCCCAGUGUUACCCAUCCUCAACCCAUCUUCAUCCCCUCCCCCAGCUCCUGCCUUCAGGACCACUUUGGGGGCUGGGUGCUGCUGAGGCCCAUUCCCCCAAAGGAUGGUGAGGCAGGGAAGGACAGAAGAGGCUGGGGGUGGGGAGCAGUUCUGGGUCCUGACUUGGAAGACCCUGAGAGGAAUGACCCCUGGGGUUGGGGAGACCGUUGGCCACCUACUCAGUGAGGGGAGGGUGAGCCAAUGGCCUGUGGUAUCCUUAAACCCAAGGGACAGUGACAAUGCCUCCUGCCCCAACCAUAGGUGGAGCUACUGCUGGGUUGGGGGAUAGUGUGAGUCCCACCUAUGUCCCCCAUACCCUCCCCCCUUGCUCACUACCCUUAUCCCACUUCUUCAGUAACCCCUGGUGAAUAGAUUCGAUGUUCAUUGACCUCAAAUCAGAUUUGGGGAAAAGGUAGUUGGAGAUUUCCUUCCCCAUGACCCCUGGGAAAUAAGCAAAGCUACCUCCCUUCAGUCAGCUAUGUCCCAGGUCCAGGAAACCUAAUGCUAGUGACAACUGUCACUCUCCUGCUGUGUGUCUCCUAGUGAUCCACCCUUUGUCAGGGCUCUGUGGGUGUGAAAGUACUGGCUUCUCCAGGAAUUUCUCAGACCUGCCACUGCUCCACUGUUUCCCCCAGCAGAUUGGGGCUGGGGAUACAGGUUCUGGCUUGGUAGGAAUGGCAGCCCCAAGAAAUCCCUCUUCUUCCCUGCCUCCUCAUCCUGUCAAGGUGCCUUGGGAAAGUUUUGGAGCUCAGUUUGGGUGGGUUGAUGGCAUCCCAGGCUUGUCUGAGGGGGAAGGAGAGGAAAAGUGCCCAGUUCACAUUUGCUGGAGGGGACCAGUGCCUGGCCCUUCCACAAGUGGCUGAGCAACUGGUUUGCAACCUGAUCAGUUCAGGUCUGAGUCUAGGCUGGCAGGUGGGACAGCAUGUCAGAGCACUCAGUCCAGAGGGAGUGGGGCAGUGUCAGGCUUAGCCUGCUGCUGCUCGCUCUUCAGGAGAGGAGAGCUCCACCAGAGUGAGGCUAGGGGCACCCCAGGUGUGGGCAAAGCACCCACCUGUCCUUGCUGUCAUGAGCGGGAGUGAGUUGGAUGGUGAGGAGAAGCCCCGGUCCAGGGUAAUGGGUGUUAGGACUGUGGAGGAGGCCCAGACUUCUAAGAUCACUGAGGUCGGGGACCAUUAGGGCAUCUGACUUUCAGGGGAUUCCGUGAGGGCCAGCUAAGUGGGGGAUUCUUCCCCAGCCUUUCCUCGACAUCUCAAGCCUAUUAUGUCAUCACGUCAUGGGCAGCAGUUGGUGGGCCUGGGUCCAUUCAGAGCACCACAGGCAGCCCUGCAGGGAAAUGAUGGACAAGAGGAAGCCACACACACAGGGGUGGAAGGCUGCUGUGUCCCUGGCUCCCUGGCCCUACAAUAUCCUUUUUAUUUGGAGAAUCACCAAGGACCUGAACUCCUCUGUCUCCCCUUGUAUCUUGUCAGGUCCCUUCUCAGUGCUGUGCCAAUCAGGACUGGGCAUGUGGGUGUGUGAGUGUGGGUGUGUACGUAUGUACCAAUAAACAACCUGGUUUUAAGACAGUG